CUUCGUGUAUUUUAGUAGACGUCUUCUUUCUGUCCAAUACGGUAAUAAUCCUUUCCUAUGUAUAAGGUAUAUCCUAUGGUAAGCAGCACGAAAUAAAUCUGAAAAUCAAGUUGACGUAAAAUAUAAUACAUUUUGGACAAUUCGAAACUAAGAAAAUAAAGACUACAAAUCAGUAGUUGAACAAAAAAAUAUUGUAGCAAACAACUGGUUCACUAAAAAUAUCGACGAGGAUGAGAUUCGAACUCACGCGUGCAGAGCACAAUAGAUUAGCAGUCUAUCGCCUUAACCACUCGGCCACCUCGUCUAUAUUCUAUUUAAGUGCCAUAUUUCUUUAUAAUUUUUGCUAACAUAGAAAGCAUAAAAUUAGUUCCGUUAAUUCCCAACAUCCGCUCCCGGUUGAUAACUUCGAGUCGAAAUGAAAUUAUGAUUAAAGGGUAAGACCUCGACUGUUCAAUUUCUGCCAAAUCGUGGGUUGUAAGUGGUAAACCGCUUCCCAUGCUUGAAAUAUCAGUCUGAAAAAUUAGAGUUGUAUUUUCAAACUCGGAUGAUUUCACUCCCACAACGUUACGAAAGGAAGUGGCAACGUGUAGAUGUCUGUCGGUGUUCUAUAAAUCUCUAUUCAGGACAAUCCAAACAAAUUAAAAAAAGUGAUUACUAAAGUGAAACUUAAGUUUUUACAAAAUAUGGUGCUUUUAAUAACGUUCUUCAUAUUUUUGCCUCUGAUAAUUCAUGCAAAAUGGCUAGUGAUGGUUCCCGAUCUAACGCAACAAGUGGUCGAUGCUCGUAGUGAUCUCAAAUUAACUUGCAUCUACCAGUUUAAAACCGAGGAAGAAAAUACUUCUGCCACCAUUACGUGGAUAUUGCCCGAUUUCCUCAUUUACCAAGAAGAACACAAUAUCAACACUCGUUUUCGUUAUGUGGCUGACAGGAAUAAAACUCAUGUGAAAUCGACAAUGAUUUUACAAAAGACAAGUCCUUCUGAUACGGGAUAUUUUACUUGCGCCGUCUCUCCCGAAAUUAAAAUCAACCAAUACGUUUACAUUUACAGUAAAAAAGAACUUGUUUUCAUCGAGGCUGACGUCAUCACGGAAUUUGUUUCGUUAGCGGGCGAACCUCUGGAUAUCCCGUGCAAACCAACCCAUCCAAACGUAACAAUGUCUUUGUACCGCGGAGAACUCGGCGCAGACGGAGACCUGGAAUGGAAGUUUAUAGAAUUGUCACCUGAAUUUAAAAAUGCCAGUUGGUUGCUGAAACCCACCCCAGAACGAGGACUGACGUUAACUAAUUCGAAAGUCAACGACACUGGACAAUACAUUUGUAUAGGCAGCAUAAACGAACGUACGCCAACUGCUAAACACACCGACAGUGAAUUCAACGUUUUCAUCAGAGGAAUGGAACUAGUUAGGAUUGGGGAGGGCGAUGUGGUGGAAGGUGACAAUGUUACCCUGAUAUGUAGUACUAUGAUUCAAAGUAGUGUCUCAAAAUUCGUUUGGCGACCGGAAUGGUCUUACGUAAUCAACGAAACCGACCAAGAACAGAUUAUAAAUAUAACUGACCCUCCUAAAGGAAUUAAAAUAAACAACGAAGUGAUCCACAAGGUUCUUGGAGAUUACUGGUACGAUUUACAUCAAAGUCAGCUGGAACUGUCCAGCGUUACUCUUGAUACGCACGCGCACUUUCAAUGCAGAGGCAACGUCAGUCGUAAAACGAUUUCUCAAUCAAUUAGUUUUACAAUCAAAGAAAUAAAUAAUGAUCCAUUGAAUGUCAAACUGGGAAAAGGAAUAGCUCAGAAUUUGACUUGCAAUAGAAUAUCAGACGACGUCCACAUCCAGUGGUUCAAGGAUGACAUAGAAUAUUUGGGAUUAAUCCAUACAAGCAGUAGUUCAUCAGUUUUGCCACUACAAGGAAUUGGUGGAGAAACGGGAACUUAUUCAUGUCGUUGGAACAACAGUCGAGGAGAAAAGAGAUAUAGAAAUUUUAAUUUUUCAGAAGAAACAGAAUCUACAAGUAUUGCCAUCGCUGUUUGCGUAUCUCUUGCAACUUUAGUUAUUAUCGGAGUACCCAUCAAACAGUACGUUGAUAAGAAAAACCUGGAAAAAGAAAUUCAAGAAAGAUUGAACGGAAAUCCUGAUGGCAUUGAUCCAAACUUGCCAAUCGAGUAUCAAACUGAAUUUCUUCCUUAUGAUAAAGGAUGUGAAUUUCCCAAAAAUCGCCUCAGAUUGGGAAAAAAGCUGGGCAAAGGAUGCUUUGGGGAAGUUUACAAAGCCGAAGCUGUCGGCAUGAAAGACUCGGAUGAGACUGUUACAACAGUAGCCGUAAAAAAAGUCCUUUCGGCAUCGCAAUUUCAAAUCAAAUUAAAGAAUGAGGGACUAGACGCUCUCAUUAGAGAACUAAAAAUUCUGAAUUAUUUAGGACCGCAUAUAAAUGUCGUCAAUUUACUGGGAGCCUGUACCAAAGACAUUAUCAAAGGCGAACUCUUGCUGAUUAUCGAUUAUUGUCGUUUCGGCAAUUUACAAUCUUAUUUGAUUAAACAGCGUAAUAAAUUUCUCAACCAAUUGGAUGACUUUGGUAACCUAAAUCUACCAAAUGAAUUUGUGGAAAUUAGCGCGAUUCACUGUGGGGACGGUGCCUCCUGCGGAAAAUCAAGACAGCAACUACAGCCUGGACACUCAGACAAUUCCGUAUCUCAAGCGAGAAAUUCGAUAACCGACAUUUCAAUCUGUCCCGUGUCAUUAACAGAAGAAGAUUGCCUUCAAGAAACGGAAGCCAUUUGGAAAUAUGGAGGAGACGUUGACGCAAAUUUCUAUCCAUCGAUUUCCACCUGGAAUUUAAUUAGCUUUUCUCUCCAAAUAGCCAAGGGGAUGGAAUAUAUAGCUAGUAAAAAGGUUCUCCAUGGCGAUUUAGCCGCUCGCAAUGUUCUUUUAGCUGAUCAUGGAGUUGUCAAAGUUGCAGAUUUUGGUAUGGCGCGAAAAAUGUACAGCAACAGCUAUGAAAUAAAAGGGCAGGGAUUGCUACCAGUCAAGUGGAUGGCCAUUGAAUCGUUGGCGGAUAACGUGUUUUCUAGUCAAUCUGACGUCUGGUCUUACGGGAUUCUUCUAUGGGAACUCUUUACCCUGGGCAAAAUUCCAUACCCAGGUAUGAACGGCCAUAUACUCGUCAAAGAUAUUCAAGACGGACUACGAAUGGAGAAACCAGAUUACUCGCCAAACUUUUUUGGAGACAUAAUGAAAAAUUGCUGGAAAAAAGAACCUAACGAUCGACCUACAUUCUGUCAGCUGACUAACAUGAUCGAAAACUAUAUGGAGACAUUCGUCGGUUCCCAGUACUUGGAUGCAGGCUUAACUGAAAACAAUGUCAACGAAGAUUUCGGUGACUCUUCACCCUCAAAACAUUUGGAAUAAAAAAUUGCCAUGCGAUUAGACACCACUCAAAAUAUGUUCUCAUCGAUAAUUCACAAGAAUGAAACAAAAGAAAAACAAUGUUUCACUCGGAGAACUUACAACAUAAAAACAAAAGUAAAUGAUGAUUCACUUUUAAGUGAGGAUCACGCUUUUAUACAACCGAACAUUAGCGAAAAAGAAUAUGAAAGGAAAGUAUGGAAGAAAAAUUCUUUUUUUAGCUGGGAAACCGUUUCUUGUCUUAUGUACCAGUGUUCUUUAAAGUGCUAAAUAUGAACUCAAAAAGUGAACUGUA